UAUGUUGAAGAAGUAAAAUAAAAAUAUCUGGGGCAAAAGCGAAAAGAAACAAUACCCCCCGCAACAAAAUCAAACAAAAAUGCAGGUUAACGUUAAUUUUUUUAGAAAUGAAAUUAGGCGAAGGCACUUAAUUAUUACUUAUACUCUUAUAUAGUUAUCGCCUGUAGUUAUAGAUCUAGAUCUAUCAAAAUAUCUUUUGAGCAUCUUUUCCCUGUUUUGCCAGUAUACAAAAUUUGCCAGUGUUUGGAAACUUAUUUGUUUUGUUUAAUUAAACUACGUAGAUCUAUAUCACUAUCACUCUUGUAGUUCUCCCUCUUUGGUUCAUUCUUUGUUCAUGUUGUCAAGAGCGGGGAGGGGAGUUUGGGAGAGUGCAAAUGUGGUCAUGGUAACAGCUAACAAUAAUUCUUAGUUAUCACCCCUAGUACACCUUAUGCCUUUAACAAUAAAAAAAUGCGACCAAUUUGCUUUUCAGACAAUGCUUAUGAGAGAAAAUAUACAUCUAAUUUGGAUUUCAUAUACCAACAGAAUAUACACCCUUACAAAUCAAAGUAUAAUUUGACGAUUAGUCAAUAAAUAAAGCUAACCGGAAGAAUGACUAAUGCCCCAUAGCCACUAAAGAAAAACUUGUGGAGAAGAAAAUGGCGGAUUGGAAAGGAACGUACCGUUUCUCUAACAACACUGUGGAAGAAUCCUCCAAGAAUCAGUCAUUGGUUACUGAAAAAUUGCAGAAGAGAGAGGAUGAACGUCAAGAAAAGCUGCGUAAGAAACAAGCAGAAGACGAUUCAUUCAAAGUUCAAGAAAGUCUUCAAAUUUUUCUUGAUACUUUCAAUUCUGAACGUACAAAACUAGAAAAUGGACUGAGUGACAGCGUCGCAGUUGAUAGGGUGCAUUUAACUGAACAUUUUGACCAGUUGUCUCACCAUGUUACUAAACUGCAACGCUAUGUCUCAGAGUCUGCUAUGUUCCUACCACCCUAUGAGCUGAAGACAGCUCAAAAUGUUUUGAUGUCUCUUCAGGGUAAAAUUCAGGAGAAACGGGAUGAAAUGCUUCCCAAAAAGAAAUUUGCCUUCAAGUCAAACAGAAAAACGGAGAAAAAAGCUGCAGUCCCUUGUGCUGUAAGAAGUGAAGAAACAAUAAAAGAUUCAAAGUCUGAGGAUGAUUUAGUUAUUGAACAUGCUGCUUGUAAGUUUAUUGGUGCUUUCAAUGAAACUUUGAGAAAAGAGGCUGAUGAAAUCAACAAGAAGGAUGUUGCCCUUGCCGGAUUGACUGAAUGCACAGUUUUAUUAUGUGGUGCUCCCUCCGCCAUUCACAUAAACAAGUUGAAGAACUGCAAAAUAUUCUGUGGGCCUGUUCCUGGAUCCAUCUUCAUUCGAGAAUGUUCAAACUGUACUUUCGUGCUGGCUUGUCAACAGCUUCGGAUACACUCUACAACUGAGUCGCAUUUUUAUAUUCAUGUCACAAGCAAAGCUAUUAUUGAAGACUGUAACACAGUGAAAUUUGCUCCUUACAACUGGAGUUAUGAACAGUUAGAUAAACACUACCAAGCGACUGGACUUUCAAAAGUCCGUAAUAACUGGGAUAAAGUAGAUGACUUCAACUGGUUAGCUGCUGAUGCUCACUCACCCAACUGGUCGAUUCUUGAGGAGGAGAAGCGAAUCUCUUCAUGGAAUGUAUAGCUAUUUGUUAUAUCGUUAUGUUGUGUGAAUGAAUGCAGAAUUGAUUGUGACUUCUAUCUGUAAAAUACUUGUUUGAUGAUCAACACAAGCAUGUGAUAAAAUAUUUAUAAUUUGACUUUCAGCUUGGAAGGAAUUUUGUACUGUGCCACACACACAAUUUCCGAUAAAAAAUUGUUGGACCAAGUUUUGCUUUUGGUACAAGACUUAUACGUCUAGUUAGUUUUAAGAAUGAAAUCCAUGUUACAUUAGAGUUGUGGGAAGGAUCAAAUGGAAGAAUGGCUACCAAUUGCUAAUUGUUAUUUUUUUAUUUGGGAAAGGAAUACUGAGGUGACGUUCAUAAUGCUAAAUAAUGUUAGGCUAUGAUUGUGAAUCAGGUUUAUUUUUGGUAAUAGUAAUAGUUUGGGAAGGACUUCCGUAACGAGCGGACCCCCCCCCCCAAAAAAAAAA